AUGUCAGUGAAGGAAGAUUAUGACAAUCUUGCCAAUAAGCUAAUUCAAAUAUAUACCAGUGAAUAUAUUAAAUUAUCAGCCAAGAAAGCUUCAUCCAAAGUUCACAAUUUCCCACUUCUAGCCUCAAUUACUCAAUUGCAAGAUGCAAUGCUGAAAUAUAGAGAAAAUCAAGGCAUUGAAGUUGUAUUUGAAGUACUUGAUUUGGAAACUAUAUAUGCCAAUGUCGACCUUAAACAAAAAGAAGCAUCAGAAUCAAAAGAUGAUGAUGAUAAACCACAAUUACAAUACGAUGAUUAUUUAGUUCAAGAAUUACUUCGAUAUUUUAAACAUGAUUUCUUUAAAUGGGUCAACAAACCGCCUUGUGAAAGUUGCCUGAAUAUUGAUGAAUCUACUAUACAACCACUUGGUACAGUUGUAGUUCCAGAUCAUCAGGUGGAUGGGAAUGGAGCAACUCGUGUUGAAAGAUAUAAAUGUUUAAAAUGUAAUGCAACUAUUGAAUUUCCUCGUAUUAAUAAUCCAGUAACUUUAUUAAUGACUAAGAGAGGAAGGUGUGGCGAAUGGGUCAAUUGCUUUUUAUUAAUAUUACAAGCAUUACUUGGUGGAGAUGAAGAUCGAUUAAGAUAUGUUUGGAAUUAUGAAGAUCAUGUAUGGUGUGAAUAUUAUUCAUACUCUUUAAAACGUUGGAUUCAUUUAGAUCCUUGUGAAGCAGUAUUUGAUGAACCUCAUUUAUAUUGUAAUAAUUGGGGUAAAAAGAUGAGUUUUGUGCUAGGGUUCAAUGCUACUUAUAUGAUUGAUUUAAGUGAUAAAUAUAUAACCAAAGAUAAACAAAUUGAAAAGACAACCAUUGUUCCAAACUUAACUUAUUUAAAAGACAUUAUAACAAAAAUCAAUGCUAUAAAACUAGUCAAUGAAUAUCAAAAGUUAUCAAUUACACAUAGAGGCAAUAAACUUGAAUCGAAAGAAAUUUUAUUAAAAUUAUAUAAUAAUACUAUACUACCAUUAAAUCAAGAACUAAAGUCAUUACAUGAAUUACAUCAAACACCAACACCAACAACUAAUACCACCAUACCCCAAGGAAGACAAACAGGAAGUGUCGAAUGGACAAAACAAAGGGGUGAAGACGGUGCCUCUUAA